AUGACCUGCUUUUGGGGAGAGAAGAAGACCAAAAAGCCCGGGGGCCGUUUUCGUCUACUCCAAUACCUGUCUUUUAUUCUCUCUCUGUUGCCCGUGACUUUCAGUCUGCUUCACUGCGUAGCCUUAGACCGUUCUGUACAGUGCCGGGGCCAUGCUGGCAGAACAGGAUAUGAUUAAUUCUCGUUUGAAUCGAUUGUAAUUCACCAUGAUGCUGAGCCGUGCAUUUCGCUUGGCUUCCUCGAUCAUGAGAAACAAAUCUGCUGUCUUGUCCAUGGUUACCCUUGGGUUUCUUUUUAUUACCUUCAAUAUUUGGAACGUCUUUUAUUUGGAAUCUAAACCAGAUUGCCACGGUGCAUCUCUAAAUACUACUCGGCCUCUUAUUUACGCUGCAUUUGGAAGAAAGUUGGACUCAGGAUACUUGGAGCAUGUGUUUACCUUAUUAGAAAGAGCCGGUUAUGUUCGCGGUAGCAUUUAUUCUUCUGAUUGGAAUCUUCUCUGGUCCUAUGAAUACCCCUUUAGGGUUCUGAAGGAUCAAUUGGUGAAUCUACCAAAGCACAAAAAGGUCAACCAUUUUCCUGGAUCAGGAUAUAUCACCAACAAGGUGAAUUUGGCUACUUCCGGAUUGCCUCACGUUCCUGUGGCUUUCAAAAUUCCUCAACAAAAGGCGGAGUUAGUUACUUAUGCAAAGAAGAAUCCCGAUAGUUUGUUUGUCCAGAAAAGUAACAAUCACCGAGGUAUCAAAAUCCAACCGUUGGUUGAUCUAGACUUGGAGACACCAGGGACGUUCGUCCAAGAGUACGUUCGUAAACCUCUUUUGAUAGAUGGGCACAAGUUCGAUAUUGGUGUUUAUACGAUCAUUACGUCAAUCGCACCACUUAGAGUCUAUAUCUAUGAUGGUGACAUCCUAUUUCGAUUUUGUCCAGAAAAAUAUCAUCCUUUUGAUGUAAAGAAAGUCGAUAAGUAUGUAAUUGGAGAUGACUAUUUACCAAUAUGGAACGUUUCGUCAUUGAAACCGUAUUACUCAGGUUUGGGAUUUGGUAUGAAGGAGUCUUUUAAUGCCUAUCUUCUCACCAUAGGUAAAGAUCCUAAAAUCAUUUGGCAGCAAAUUGAUGAUGCGAUUCGAACAAUGCUGCUGAGACGAGAAUUAUCCUUGGCAUCGGCAAGUUCCAAAUUUGCGUCAUCUCGUAAUUUUUUCGAAAUGAUUCGAGUGGAUUUCGUUGUGGAUGAAGAUCUCAACGUCUUCAUUAUGGAAGCGAACAUGUCACCAAAUUUGUCGUCUCAACACUUUCCUCCAAACAGGCUAAUGUAUGAACAGGUCAUCUUCAAUGUAUUGAAACUGAUCGGUAUUAUUCCUUCUGGAUAUCCAAAUUCAGUCGGAACUGACGAUGAACUACUAUCGCAGCCCGAAGUGGCGUUUAAAGAUUUAGUCGUAUUUCCCGAUCGGUGUGCGGCCUCUCGUUGUGCCAAUUGUUCCAGUCUUGAAUGUAAGCUUUGCAAGCCUUGUCUGACUGAAUCAUUGAAAUCUGAUUUGACAGAGGCCUUCAAAGAACACACCCGUCGACAUGUAUGCCGUCGCGUUGUUCCACCGUCGUUGAUGCCGGAAGAAAUAGAAGAAGGUGUGGACGUUAAAGGUCUAACCGAGAUUAACCAACUAAUGCAUUCCUGGUUUCAUGGCAAGUGUCUCUUAGAUAAUUCUUGGUGUUAAAAUUUAAGGCUAAAUUUCAACGUCGUUAGCCAUCUACUGUCCAUUUUUACCUUAGUGUAGCAAUAUGAUACACUGAAUAGAUACAUUAUAUGGCUAUGCAAAUAAAAAAAAUUCCUGGUGAA